AUGCAGAGCCGGACCACCGACUGUGGUGUGUCAAGUUUCGAUAUUCCUGCCGCUAUUGGGUGUUUGAAGGCCACGAUGGGAUUGCCUUGGGAGAGUGCGCGGGUCUUGGGUGGGGGCUUCCAUCGUCUUCUCGUCGCGUGGCGCAGGCGUGAUCCGAGCACGAUGGCUUGGCAUGGAUUGCACAUGGCUCUCGCUUUUCUCGACGACAGGGCACGUCCAGCAGGCGGGUACGUCGAGCAGUCGGGCACGUCCGCCACAGCCGUCAGGGCACGUCAGAAGACGUCCAAGCCAGCCCGUUACCCGCCGGACAGCGGACUUGAAAUGGCGGACCGGCCAGGUCCAACAGCAGCGGAGUGUGUCUUAGGCGCCCUUUGUGGAGAUUGGCAAGGCUCUGCGCUUUCUUGGACGGAGGGGAGAGGAGAUGGUAAGAUUGCAAGAGGAGGCCAGGGACGGAGCAUCGGAGGGCCGCCACGAUUGAUGACGGAUUUGGAAGAUCCGCACAGGCAUCACGACGAGCGGCCGUUCCAGACAGCCGGAGUCUGCAGACGAAAAUGGAUGUGCAGGUGGGGUUCUUUCGCGCGGGAGUCUUGGGACCCCCGUGUUCAUCUGGCCAUGCUGGUGCAAUUUCUGCUUCCAGCGCUGGGUGUUGUCAAGGCCGAGCGCGGGCAAGAGGCGAGAGAAGACAGAAGAGAGAAGACAGAAGAGAGAAGACAGAAGAGAGAAGAGAGAAGAGAGAGUUGGGCUGCUGUGUGCUCGUACACAGCGUACGGCAUACGAGGUGUUCAACAGGACGGCAUACGAGGUGUUCAACAGGACGGCAUGCUAUGUACGACGUAUCCAACAAGACGGCGCCUCGAGCGGACAGCCAGGGCAAGACGGAGCUCGGCAGCAGCAGCAGCAGCGUCACGACGAGUGGCGGCCUGGCCCGCUCGCCGGCCUUGGUGGCUCGUUGGCCAGUCGAAAGACGGUGAGCUGAGGCUCUGCAGGGAUUGCACGCUGGCCGUUUCGACGGCGCUGCCAGGCACGUCCGUCGACUGGUUGGCCGCUGCAGCACUGCCCCUGGCUUGCGGCUGGCCGUUUCACGCCGCGCGACGAUUCGGGUGGGGCGGGCGCUCCAUUGGCUGA